AUACCACAGUGUGGUGGUAUGCUCUCGGUAUACUCGCGGUCACGGUGCAUGUUUCGGUUUACUUUCGAGCUGUCGUGUUCUCAGAGAGUCGGUAGAGUUGAUAUCAUUUGACAGGGGACAGAGUUUUUCGAGCGUCUGGUCAGUCGAGGCGUUAAUCAUGCGUUUCUAGCGUAGUCUGUGUAAUUAAAUCCACUUGAAAAUACGAAAGAAAUGGCAGUGCCCGCGAAAUUAUUAGCGAUAUGCACGGUGGUGAUUUUGGCGGUGAGGGGCACCUCGGCUGUCCGAUGUUACCAAUGUAGCUCGGACCAAGACAACAAGGGUGAAGACCUCUGCGGAGCAUACAAAAAGUUUGACAAAGAGCGAAACAUUGCCAUAGAAUGUAACAGCGAAGAAUCUCACAUGCCCGGUUCAUUCUGCGUCAAAUUAACACAGCAGUCUCCGAGAGGAUUCAUUUGGGAUGGAAGGUGGCGCCAGGUGAUUCGCCGAUGUGCUUCCGUAGCUAGCACCGGUGUAACCGGUGUUUGCAAUUGGGGAGUUUACGAAAAUGGUGUUUAUUGGGAGGAAUGUUACUGUUCCGAAGAUUCAUGUAACUCCGCACCAAAGGUACAAAUAUCAGCUCUAGCCGCGGGGACAGUUAUCGUCGCCUCAAUGAGCCUUUUGAUAUAGCGGUCGAGUGUCGGUCCGUAACCCGUUUACCCGACUUCAUUAUAAUCGGAUAUUCCCGCAGGUUUAGAAUUAGAUGUAAGCUUUUUUUACCGUUGAUACUAUCUCAGAGUUAUCAUUCGUCCGUCCGUCCAACUACUAAGCAGCGAUAUAGAUUAUCUAUUAUACAUAUGUAUGUCUUUAUCGAUGACAAAUGGCUAUUUAUCUAAUUUAUGAUCCAAGAUCAGAGAAAUGAUAUUAUCACUGUAACGUAUAUGUAUACCAAGUGUACGUAUACAAUAGAUAAUACGACAAUUUUUGUUGUACUACUUAAUAUAUUCAAAUUUUAUACACGUAAUCGGUAUACGCUGAGUGCAUAUCGUUGCGAUCUAUUCCGUCCGUAGGUUUUGUAAGUGGAAUUUUUGUAUAAACACUUAUAUGAAAACAAUUAUUAUAAUAAAGUUCAAUAUAUCUAUGAUAAA